AGAGUCGCAGAUCUCACUGAUUUAAACAUGUCCGUCUCCGAGUUCCGACGAAAGAAGCUCCUUUAUGUCUUCAACGUUUUCUUUGAUGUCAAUCAGAGCGGCACGAUAGAGAGAAAAGACUUUGAACUCGCUAUAGAGAAAAUCUGCCACCUCCGGGGAUGGAAGCCCGGAGACCCCAAGAAUACGGAGACACACGAGAUCAUGAUCAAGAUUUGGGAUGGACUGCGGAAGAGGGCUGACUCCAACAAAGAUGGACAGGUUUCCGUCGAGGAGUGGACCUCCAUGUGGAACGACUACGCCCAGAACCCUUCAGCGGCUCUGAAAUGGCAGCAGCUGUAUGCUCAGUUCAUGUUCCAACUUGAAGACGCCAGUGCUGAUGGCACCAUCGAUAGUGAUGAGUUCACAACCGUCUGCUCUUCUUAUGGCAUCGACCCUCAGGAGUGCAAGGUCGCCUUCAACAAAAUGGCUAAGGGAAAGAACAGCGUCUCUUGGGAGGAGUUCCAGGAGCUAUGGAAGGAGUACUUCUCCACCGAGGACCCCAACGCUCCGGGCAACUUCAUAUUCGGCAGAACAAGCUUCUAAGCACAAACACAACACACAUCCACCAAAACAAGUGGAAAUAUGAAGAUUCACUGACAAACCGUCUAACAUUCCAUUGAUAUAUACAUUUAUAUGUAAUAAGACGAGGUUCGGCUUAGGGGUCCUCCACAUCGCUUUACUUAUCGCAGCGAUCGAAGCUUCGGGAACAUGUAUGUGACCCCUUUAUGUGUAUCUUAGAGCCUUUGAUCCAUUCACGAGCUACAACUGUGACCGUCUCAGAUGCUUGUUAAGAAACGCUCAAUGGAUAACGAACACCGUUCUACUCUCAGUGAAUUUACCGACAAUUUUAGCGUAGUGUCGUACACUCAUAAUUGGAAUUCACGUAAGUCGUAAGACAUUCUCGUUCGUGGAUCAGAGGAUUAUAAUAUAAAUUUUCAUUUACGUGUGUAUGUGUUCAACAUAGAAAUAAUUCCUACAUAUUUCUCUUUAAUAGUGGAACAAUUUAAAAUUUCAUGUUUUAUUACUAAGGCUCAAGUUUACUAGUACUUUUCAAAUCUUUAGAUUCUAUUCUAAUUACAACGAAUGAAAUUACUCACUUACUCAUUAUUAUAGCAUAUCUAGUAGUCAUAUCUUAUCGAUCUUAAACUUUCUCUGCCGAUUGUAGCCGAAUUCAAAACUCUUUUUGUGAAAAAUCGUGUGUUAUUUGAAAAUUGGAUUUAUGUAAAAAUAUUGUUAUUGGAUUGUAAUAAGGGCUGUUACAAAAAAUAUUUCGAGAAUAAUAAAACGAGAUUUUAUUGCGAUGAUAUUGAUAACCGAUCGAUCGUGUGUCACAGCCCUUGCGUAUGUUAUCUCACCAGUUGUAAUUUAAUUGUUUUAAAAAUAAAAUGUUUAAUAUAUAUUGUUCUAGUCAAAUGUUUUGUGAUCUGAGAAUCUAUUGACGUUUCAUCCUGUUAAGUCGCUAUACUUUAGAUAUAAUAGGCAAUGAUUAAAUGUAUGUAAAUA